GGAACCGACGCCAGAGCUCAGGGUAUCAGCACGCGCGUCCACCGUGCAGACCAACCGCGGUCGUGUUGACCAUUUGUUUAAAGCAGAUGUCUCCCGCAGCACGGCAGGGGAACCUUGCCGUGGCAGCGAUUCCCGAGAACUCAACCGCAGCUCCAAGGCGCCGGAACUGUUUUGCUCCUCCCAAACCCUGAGCCUUAAGAAUGCCAAGCGCCCUAUGGGCUCUAAGUGCGACCCAGAUCGGUCCUCCACAGCCUCUGAAGUGGAAGGCAGCGGCACGAGUUGGGCCUCGGAACAGGGCACCUGGCUGCAGCUCGUAACUAUCACGAUGUCUCGCUUUUAUCGGAAGCAGUGGGGCAUGAGUAUCCGACGAGGGGACUCCAUGUCCGCCGGCAGGGACAUUCCCCCACGUGGCCAGGACGCCGGCGGCGGCCUCCCGAGCGAGAGGGUUGACCUCCAAGAGGAGCCGCUGCACGUCCAGAUCAGCGGGUUCUUGGAGGGCCAGGACGUCGUCGGCAUGGCUCAACAGCUGGCUGCCCGGCGGCCCACCGCACCGGCAGGGGGGCGCGUCAGUAACUGUACGGCACUGCGGAGCAUCUACACGGGGGCGGUGGACCUUCACACCACUGGCCUGGACACCCUCCCCGGCCGCGCGGCCUUCCUCAUCGGCCUGUUCGGCGCGCUGGCCUCAGACCACCUCUGGUGCAUCCUGGCGCCCGGCAACCGACCCAGCGGUCGCUGGCUCCCUCAGGAGGGCCCUGCGGCCGCCGCAGCCCCG